AUGCUCCCCAAACGUUCGCGCCUCGUCGUGAUAGUGGUCAUACUUGCAGUCACCCAUGGUCUCGCACACGCCAAAGCCACCAACAAGAUAGCGCAUCAAACACUUGACACCGACACCAACGGAGGUGACCCCGCCCGCUUGCUCAGGAGAGAACAUGAUGUCGCCAUGGAGGAAGAGAGAACGUUGUCGGAUUUCACCAGCAAGCUCAAGUCUAUUUUCCGGAAGAAGCCUACUGUGACCACCACCCUGCACCGACACCCUGCCAUCAAAUCCCGCGAGAAUAACCCAGUUAUCAAAAGCCUCGAGAGGAACCCGUCCAUCAAAAGCCUAGCGAACAACCCCAGCAAGGAGAUCAAGCUGACGAACGAAAACAUCAAGAAGAUCGGCACGGAACUGGCCAAGACCCCUGGCCUUAAAGAUGAGCUCAAGGAUAUUGGCAUUAUCGUAUUGAGCGUUCUGGCUGCAUUUGGGCUUGCAGCGAUCCCAGUGGGCGCUUUCAUGAUGAUAAUGGGGCAGGGACUCAAUAUCCAGAGAUAA